AUGGCUGAUUACACCAUUUUUGCCCAGAAAUACGUGGACCUUUCCAGACCAGGUCUUCCUCUGAAGAAAGAACAUUUGAUCAGUUGGUGUCGUCCUCCUCCAAGUUGGCUGAAGAUCAACUUUGAUGGAGCAGUACAUUCUCCGUCCAAUAAAGCUUCGUCUGGAGGGCUGGCGAGGUACAAUGAUGGGGAUUGGAUCUUUGGUAUAGCAGACGCAUUAGGUGUUGCUCGGAAGAUCAUUCUUGAGAUGGAUAGUAAAUUAGUUGUCGAUGCUCUUAACCAAGAUGAUAGAAGAGUGAACGCUAAUACCUAG